UGGAGCUCCAGCCACGUCACCGAGGGGGAGCCGCGCCGCAGCCGAAAGUUUGCUCCGAGUCCGGGGAAGUUUGUCCGACUGAAUCGGGAGAGAUGAACGUGUUCAGGCUGGCGGGAGACCUCUCCCACCUCCUCGCCAUUCUCAUCCUGUUGAUGAAGAUCUGGAGCACCAAGUCCUGCAGUGGGAUCUCCGGGAAGAGUCAGCUUCUCUUUGCGCUCGUGUUUACAACCCGAUAUCUGGAUUUGUUCACCUCGUUUAUCUCUGUCUACAACACCACCAUGAAGAUCAUAUUCCUGCUCAGUGCCUACAUAACCAUCUACAUGAUCUACUUCAAGUACAGUUCAACCUUCGACCGGGAGAACGACACAUUCCGCGUAGAGUUCAUCCUGGUCCCCGUCGCUGGUCUCUCCUUCCUUGUGAACCACGAGUACACUGCAAUGGAGAUUUGUUGGACAUUCUCUAUUUACCUGGAAUCAGUUGCCAUACUGCCACAGCUCUUCAUGAUCACCAAAACUGGCGAGGCAGAGACGAUUACUACUCACUACCUGUUUUUUCUGGGAGUGUAUCGGGCUCUAUAUCUCGGCAACUGGAUCUGGCGUUACCAGACAGAAGGGUUCUUUGAUCAGAUUGCAGUGGUGUCUGGGGUUGUGCAAACAAUCUUCUACUGUGACUUCUUCUACCUCUACAUCACUAAAGUGCUGAAAGGGAAGAGCCUGGGCCUUCCCUUACCUGUCUGAGACCAGCUUCACAUACCAUGCAAGCAACACACCACAGUGCACACGGACAAGUGAAAGAUGGGAAGUGGUUUUUAAUAUGAGAAGCAGAGAUGAUAACAAGGAGCGUGUGGGUGCUGAAUGGCAUUAUUAAUCAACCAUGUAAUUAGCACAGCUGACAACCUGCACAAUUGCCAAGUCUCUCUUACCAAAGACCUAAAACCAUUUCCUAACCCUCACUAUGGGGACUUCCCACCUGACAAUUAAAAAAACUUACUUAUAAUGUUCAAAUGUACCUUUUAAUUAUGUGACCCAUGAUAUGUUUAUAAUUGUGCAAUGGAAGUCAACUGUGAACACAGGGCAUCUAUAUUAAAAAAGUAAAUCAUUUCCCCUAGAUAAUCUGUCCUUACCACAACUUAGCAUAAAAAAUCCAGAAGGAAGAUGAGCAUUAUGAAAAGAUGAAUUACAUUUGGGAGAUAUUAGAUGAUUUACAUAGGACCACCAUAGGUACAAUAGGAAUGUUUCAUUCUACAUGUGACAUUUAAAUAACUUUUUCAGUAGCCCCAAUUUAUUUCAAAUCACACUACAUUGUUCCCCUUAUUUAGAAUCAAAAUACUUUAAAACUAUAACCCAGGGAGCAAUUUGCCUAAAUCACUUACCACUAAUGCUUUAACUUAAAACUAUUCAUUAACACCACCAUGAAGACAACAGCCAUUAUUCCUGGAAGAGAGGGCGGGAUAACCAGUAACAUGGGUGGUCCUGCAGCUGUGGUCAGAGCAGAACCCAGACAACUCUGCGUUUUCCAUCAAGUGCUUCAUGCUUUGUAUUUCUAUUAUUACUUUUGUAAAAAUAUUAAUAUAACCAUCACUGUAACUGCCUGAAAUGGUUCCAGCAAGUUUCUUCUUUCCUGAUUAUAUAAAGGUUACAAUGCUAUGUAGAAUGGUCAUCACUUCUAACCCUCUGCAAAUUGCAGAAUGAGAAUGGAGCAGAGACACUGGAAGAUUAUGGAGGGAUGUGGUGGAAACAAAGCAUAAUAGGGAGGGUGGGUGGAUAAAUUGGUACAGUAUUUGCUCUGCAAUAGACUGUAUAUUUCAAACCCCACAGUGUUGAGUAUUUAUUUGUUUCCCGCCUACCUUGCAUUUAGAAAAGCAGACAUUCCUUUGGUAAAUCUCUUUAUUACUGGAAAUGCAAAAUACAAGAAAACCAGUACAGUAUCAAAAUAGCACAUUAUUAAGACUGACACUGGGUACAACUUCACAAGGUGAAACACAGCCUGCCUAAAUUGCUGAGAUGAUUCACCAGCUGCAGGAUUCCUAGAGUUUAGGAGCAGUCAUGGGUGGGCCUUACCAAAUCCCAGAGAAUUUUUAAACUGUUUCAAUUGCAUAGAGCAAAUCAUCAAUAACAUCAAAGUCAUUUGUGGCACUGUUAAAUCCUGCAAUUUGUUCAGUGACGGGGGAACCUCAUCUGAACAAGUUUUAAAGUGUGCAGAGAUGCUAUCAGUGUGAUGGCCAAUACUUCUCACUUUUCCUAGAACCUACUGGUUCAGUCUCUUGGCUGUUUAUUUUCUACUGAGCAGAAUGUAACCAAUUAAUGAA